AACCCCCCAUCGCAAACACAUACCAGCAAACCCCAAUAAAACCCCCCUCCCUUCCCCUCAGAAUGGACGACUCUCUUACCGUCGAUUACGAUCGGUACUACGAUAGAGCAGAUCCCCCAAGCAACUCCGAACAGCAGCAACAGCAGCAGCAGUCCCAGCAACCUUCUUCGCCUUACGCCCCACCCCUGCCUUCGCCGCUGCUCGAGCUGGGUAAAAACCUUGGCUUCCAUAAACCGCCCCACUCACACCGCCGCAGUAGAUCGCACGGGUCUGAAGACGAUAUGCCUGUCGAAGCUUCGGGCUCGGGUGGCACAAACCCAGGGUUGCAGGACCGCAUACUUUCAAAAGUACUACAACAAAUGCUACCAAGUGAUUAUUCGGUGGAGGAUUAUCAGGAGCCUCGGGACAAACGGAAAGACAAGGAUAGACCUCAGUUUAGUUUAACAUUAAUGAGUGGUAAUUUUAGAAAAUUUAAUGCAAGGAUUGGCGUUGUGUUUGUCUUCCAACAUCGCCUGUUUCGUCUCCUACAAUGGCGGAAGCCCACACACACGAUGUCGGCACUAGCCGUGUACUCUUUUGUCUGCUUGGAUCCAUACCUUCUAGCAGUUCUUCCAGUAGCUGUAGUUCUACUAUUCAUCAUGGUCCCCAGCUUUAUAACGAGACAUCCGCCGCCGCCGAGUAUGCCAAUGGAAAAAUAUACUGCACACGGCCCGGCGAUCGCGCCACCUCCCGAGGUCAAAGCAGUUAGUGAGAUGAGCAAGGAUUUUUUUCGUAAUCUUCGCGAUUUACAGAAUACCAUGGAUGAUUUCUCUGUUGCCCACGACAAGACAAUUUCUCUAGUUGGGCCUCCAACCAACUUUUCUGACGAAGUCGUUUCCUCAGCUGUCUUCAUCGCCCUAUUCUUCUUAUCCAUUCUCCUAUUCAUCACUGCAGCUCAUCUCCCGUGGCGCAUGAUCUUCCUGGUAACAGGUUGGAUUAUAUUCUCAAUGGGACAUCCAACUCUGCAGGAGAUUCUCAUAGAUGCACACAAUGCCCAUCUUUUACCACGCGAAGUUUUGGCUUCUGCAACAGCAGGUUCAUUCAUCCAUAGAGACAUCAUUCUCGAUGCUGUUCCCGAAUGCCGUGAAGUUGAAGUAUUCGAAUUACAAAAACUUACAUCCGGGGGGGAAUACGAGUCGUGGAUAUUCUCGCCUACACCAUAUGAACCCAUGAGCGCCCAGCGGAUAGCCCACGAAAGACCUAAAGGGACCAGAUUCUUUGAGGAUGUCAGGUGCCCCCCUGGCUGGGAGUGGAAAGAUAAAAAAUGGACCCUCGACCUAGGUAGUACCUUUUGGGUCCGGGAGAGGUACAUUGGCGGAGUGGAGAUCGAAGAGGAGGGUGAGCGGUGGGUCUAUGACAGAGUGGAGGGCGAGCAGGGAGUGCGGGGAGAAUGGAGACGCCGGAGGUGGGUGAGGCAGGUUAGCCGGAAGUAUCAGACGAGGAUUGGUGAAAAUUAGAGCGGUGGUAUGCGCUGUUUACGCAUGUCUCUUUUUUUCUAUUGUCACGGCAACGGGGCGCUUGGUAACUGCGAUAUAAUGGGUCUUGUUUUUUUGUUUCUUUUUGUUUCUUUUGUCAUCAUCUCCCCCUCAAUCACUUUCUUGGAUCGUUCAACGGGGUUAUGUGCGUAAAUAUUGUACUCGUACAUCCAUAAAUCCCAAAUGCGGGCGUAUCCAUGAUA